GGCGCUGCGCUCGUGUGCCACAGGAGUGGCUUGAACUGUCAUUGUUCAUGUAGUUUUCUGUGAUAAGAAUAAUUGUGAAAUUAUAGUUUUAACUAAAUAAUAUAAUUUAAAAGUAGCACGAUGUCUGCAUCUGGUGAAUUCGGUAACCCGUUGCGCAAAUUCAAAUUGGUUUUUCUAGGUGAACAGAGUGUGGGAAAGACAUCACUUAUCACUAGGUUUAUGUAUGACAGCUUCGACAAUACUUAUCAGGCAACCAUUGGCAUAGACUUCUUGUCCAAAACAAUGUACCUUGAGGACCGCACAGUACGGCUGCAACUAUGGGAUACAGCUGGCCAAGAGAGAUUCCGGUCCUUAAUUCCCUCGUAUAUACGAGAUUCUACAGUGGCUGUUGUUGUCUAUGAUAUAACAAAUGCGAACUCGUUCCACCAGACGUCGAAGUGGAUCGAUGACGUGCGCACGGAGCGCGGCUCCGACGUGAUUAUCAUGCUGGUGGGCAACAAGACUGAUCUGUCGGACAAGAGACAGGUGUCCACCGAGGAGGGCGACCGCAAAGCCAAGGAGCUCAACGUUAUGUUCAUUGAGACCAGCGCCAAGGCGGGCUACAAUGUUAAACAGUUAUUCCGAAGAGUUGCGGCCGCGCUGCCCGGUAUGGACUCAGCGGAAAGCAAACCUCCUGAAGACAUGCAUGAGGUGAUACUCCGACAGGCGCCAGGUGACAACAAGGAGCCAGACAACGGCUGCGCGUGUUAAUAUUGUAUUUAUAAACAGUAUGUGUAUUGUUGUGUUAUAUUUUGUACUGUAGCAUUUUGCAUCCGUUUAUGCUUGUUUAUAAAAAUACACUCUGUAUAUGGACUAGAGAUUCUACAGAUGUUUAAAUAAAAAACAAGAUAUGUAUAGUAAAUUUAGCGUAUUCUAAUUAUCUUAAUACGCGCUGUAACUACUCAUUUUACGGCCGAUUUCUAUAUGCAAUCGCAAUCCUAAAUUGGCGAUAUGAGAUUGACAUUCUAAUUUUUGCGCUUUUGACAUUUCAAUAACCGUUCUGUGGAACGUUUUAAUAAUCUGUGUCAGCCGAGCGGAACUCUAAGAAAAAAGCGAUUGAAAUAAAAAUGAUACGUGCAGAGAUUGAUAUAUUGACAGAUAACGGCUAUAAUCUUGUAAAAAACGGAGAUAGACGAAAUACACUACGACUUAAGCAACUGUUCGCUUUCAAACUCAACCGGAUUAUAACUUCGUCGCCAAUCGCCAUACUGUAAUUACUACUAUUUCAAACUUAUCUCAAAUCACUGCACGUUUCAAAGUAAAUUAAAUUUAAAUUUUUACUUAGGCAGCCUCUUAUUACGUAGUAUUUACAUCCUCUUUGUUGUGUCUUUGUAUAAAUGUGAUAUUAGCGUUUUCUAGUUAUUUGGUUUUGGAAAUUAAGAUUGACAUUUUGAAAUACAGAUUUAGUAUCAAUUGACAGAUGACAUAAAAACUGAAUUCUAUAUAAUUUUAAAUUGGGGAUCAAAUAUUGAAAUCGGCCAUACCAUAUAAUUAAAAUAAUAUAGUAACAAUCUCUUUUAAACGUUGUUUAUUGUAUUAAUAUUAUAUUAAACUUUUCAACUUUUGUAAAACCAUUCAUCGAAAAUAAGUUUUUUAAAACACACGUGUUUAUCCACCAUGCGUUUUUAGUGUAUUUGAUGGCGAUGUAACGGCGCUUGGUUACUUUUUAACUUUGGAACGAUUGAUUUUAACUAUAAAAUAUGUCGUUCAUUAUAAUAACAAUCUGCAUAAAGGUUUUUCUUUUUGUAUAAAACAGACAUUCCAAAAUCAAAAUAUUUAUUUGGUUACUACUACAUACCAGAUUUUGUGAAAAUAUUUUUUUUAAAUUCAAGAUUCCUAUUGCAAUAAUGUGUUUAAGUAACUGUACACUGAAAGUAAACACAUAAAACUGGUUAAUGUUUAUUGAUUAAAUUUACAUAGUUCUACCAAAAACCCGAAAAAAAUUUAAACUCUAGAUCAGCCUUAGUGAUAUUAGACAUUAAUCCUAUUUACGCUUUGAAGUUGUGUAGAUAAAGCAUUAUCUUAAGCACUCUUUUAGUGUGCAUAUCCCUUUAUUAUAUACCGUCCUGUGACCCUCAAAAUUGGUAUACUUUCCAUCAAAUGAGCCACUUCCUCUUCCAUUUAGAUAAAAUAACUAUAACUAUGGAACUCGUACAAGCUGUGGAAAAUUGACGUGUUAUAGAACUGUCAAUGUCAAUAUCACUUAUGUGAUUUGAUAUUUUAUGAUAAUUUCAUAUUAUACAGCAUUAUUUCUGUCAACAUACAGUAACUGUCACUAAAGCCACACGUAUUCACCGCGAUUUCCGAUUUCGGUCGUCUUUGCCUUGUCUAUGACCAACGACGCGUUCACAAUCACAUUGACUAUUUUUAAUAUAAAUACUAUAGAACGUUCUAAAGGCAAGAAAGUUAUAAUGGAGUAUACUUGACAUUAUACACAGCAAUUCUUUAAAAAUAUACUUAAUCUAUUCAAAUCAUUGUAUUAACAUAAAGCAACGAUAAUUGAUCUAAUUAAUUCAUCUUCUUUGUUAUGAAUCUAAUUCUAAUUAUUUAUUGGUGCAGGAUAAUAUGCAUCGCAGUAAGAGUUGAGAGAUUAAUUAAAAUUCUACAAAUAAUGCCAAUUAAUAUAAGAAUAUGGUAUUUUUACACGUCUAUUUCUAAUGCUCCAAACUGUAGCAGCGCCAUCUGUUGCUCACAACGACAAACUACGCUCAAAGCUAAUUGGUUUAUUUGUAGAUUUUUAAAAGACCUAUUUUAUUUUAACUUGUAGAUAGUGUAUUGCUUAUUUGUAUAUAGUUGGAAGGAUCGAGACCUCUGGAAAUGAUUUUAAUGUAUCUGAUUUUGUUUAGAACAAUCUUUAAAGAAAGUGUUUAUAGAGGAGGGUAUAUUUGAAAAGUAUCAUAUUGCAACGCAACAACCAUUAUUAACCAAGAAUUAUUAUAAAAUGUGUUUAUAACAUUACAUUUUGUCAAAUUUUUCUGAGUUUUUCUAAAUUGUAGUUUUAGGGCUUAGAUACUUUAUACAUCUACAUAGAGUCUCUUGCUGUUAGACAACCGAUAAAACAGGCCAGGAAUAUUAGUUAAGCGUGCGUGAGACGUACUACGUCUUAGAGCGCUUUCGCACUACCCGUAAAAACACGGUCCAGAGUAGUCAUAGGAGUUUUCACACUAGAUCUGCCUUCUGUCAUCUGAUUUCUUUCCGUCAACCGUUAGAAAUAGUUCUAAGACUACACCGGACCGUGUUUUCACGGGCACGGAUCGGAUUCGGAUCGGACAUAGUGCGACAGCGCUCUUACACUCGCGAAUUGUAUGAAUGAAACUUUGUGUUAGUAUGCGUGAAUUGCUCAAAAUAGAGGGUAGUUCUAAAAUUCAAUUUUGUUAGUUUUCCAAGCUGUGAUAGUCUAUCUAGACGUAUAAAUAAUCUAAUUUUUAGGUUCAUUCAGCCCUAGAUAUCGCAAGGAUAAAAGUAAAUUCAAAUCUUAAAAUAAUAAUAGUUUUAUAAAUCAUAAUCAUUUUGAGAUGUCUCGAGCCUUACAUAUGUUAGUAUUAUUUAUUCUAGUGUUUAAGUUGUCUUAUGAAAGUAAUCGAUUUCAUGUAUAAAUUUAUUUGCAACCUAGUUAGUUUUUUUUAUUGAAUUGUGUAAAUGAAAUUAAUAGUUAUUGCAGAAUAACUUCAUUGAUUAUGAUACUGAGUGUUUAACAAAUGUCAUAUUGUGUACAAUAUUCUAAGAUCAAACACAUCGUGAUUAUUAUAAAAAAAUGAAUUACCGAAAGCGUAAUUGUGAAAAUUUAUUGAAUAAAGUUCCUUUCUUUUCAUUAUAAUAGUUUCUGCCUCAAUUCUAGGUAAGAAGUAUGAAAUGGUAAAAUGAAAUAUAUUAUAUUUGCGGCUGAGUUUAUUUAUAAAACAUUUGACCAAAAUACUCCGUUUUACAAAUUAGGCAGCUCAUUUAGACCUCUUCGGCUGGAGGUUUUAUUUAACAUGUAGCCUUUAAAAAUUCCUAUUUAAUAAAUUGUAAAUAUCAUCUUUAAUUAAUGUUUGCCAACACCUGGCUAGCACUUCCUGCAUUUAAGCUCAGAUUCAUGCAUGUCGUAUUACAAGCAAUUGUAGAUAAUGAAAUGAAUUAAUUUAUUUUGUAAUUUUAUUGUAUGUAGGUACCUAAUUGAUUCGCAUUUAAUAAAUAUGAUAUUGACAACCUUUGUACAUAACCAUAACUUGCGCUGUUUUGAAUAAAAAAUAUAACAACA